AUGAUACCCUCCAAGAUGAUGAGUUCUAAUCCUGAGGAAGACCCUUUGGACACAUUUCUCCAAUAUAUUGAGGAUAUGGGGAUGAAGGCCUAUGAUGGCUUGGUUAUUCAGAAUGCAUCAGACAUUGCUCGAGAGAAUGACCGCUUGAGAAAUGAAACCAACCUGGCCUACUUGAAGGAGAAGAAUGAAAAACGCCGGAGACAAGAAGAAGCAAUAAAACGCAUAGGUGGCGAAGUGGGGCGGGGCCACGAAGGAAGUUACGCGGGCAAACAUUUCCGCAUGGGAUUCAUGACGAUGCCUGCUCCUCAGGACAGACUUCCCCAUCCCUGCUCCAGCGGCUUUUCCGUGAGGUCCCAGUCCCUGCACUCGGUCGGGGGCACAGACGACGACAGCAGCUGUGGCUCCCGCAGGCAGCCGCCGCCCAAGCCCAAGCGGGACCCCAGCACCAAGCUGAGCACGUCGUCGGAGACCGUCAACAGCACGGCGCCCGGCAAGAGCGGGAAGGUCCCCGAGCGACCCGAAGUGUCAGCCAAACCCAGACCCCACAGUGAUGAAUAUUCAAAGAAGAUCCCUCCUCCCAAACCCAAACGGAACCCGAAUACUCAGCUGAGUACAUCUUUCGAUGAAACGUACAUCAAGAAGCACGCGCCUCGGAGGACGUCGCUCCCUCGGGACCCCUCUCUGUCCCAGGUCAGCAGCCCGGCGGGGGACCCCGAGGAAGAGGAGCCCGUGUACAUCGAGAUGGUGGGCAACAUUCUCAGAGACUUCAGGAAGGAGGAUGAUGACCAGAGCGAGGCCGUCUACGAAGAGAUGAAAUACCCCAUCUUUGACGACUUGGGCCAAGAUUCGAAAUGUGACCUUGACCAUCACAGUUGCUCUUCGCAGUGUGCUACUCCCACGGUGCCUGACUCGGACUUCGCCAAGCCCUCAGUGCCAUGUACUCCAAAGGGUUUGCUUUGUGACAUCCCCCCGCCCUUCCCCAACCUGCUUUCUCACCGACCCCCGCUGCUGGUGUUCCCUCCCGCUCCCGUGCAGUGCUCCCCUAAUUCCGAUGAGUCUCCGCUUACCCCCCUGGAGGUCACCAAACUGCCGGUGUUGGAAAACGUGUCUUACAUGAAGCAGCAGGCUGGGGCAUCUCCGUCCUCCCUGCCCUCUCACGCCUCCGGCCACCCCAAGCUGGACAAAGAUCAGGCCGCAGCUCUGGGCCCGGGCCCCGCCGCCGCUGCCGCCUCCACGCUGUCCUCGUCCCCGCCCCCGCCAUCCACCCUGUACCGCACCCAGUCCCCCCACGGCUACCCGAAGAGCCACUCGGCCUCCCCGUCGCCGGUCAGCAUGGGGAGGUCCUUGACCCCACUCAGCCUCAAGCGACCCCCGCCCUACGACGCCGUGCAUUCGGGCAGCCUCUCCAGGAGCUCUCCAUCAGUGCCUCAUUCGACCGGCAGGCCGGUGUCGCAGGAUGGGGCCAAGAUGGUCAAUGCCUCGGUGAACACCUACGGCCCAGCUCCGGGCGCCUCCCGGUCCAGGACCCCUACAAGUCCCUUGGAAGAACUAACCAGCCUCUUUACCUCUGGACGAAGCCUGCUGAGGAAGUCGUCCAGCGGCCGCCGUUCUAAGGACCCCGCAGAGAAAUCGACAGAGGAACUGAAAGUCCGAAGCCACAGCACGGAGCCAUUACCAAAGUUGGACAGCAAAGAGAGAGGUCAUCACGGGACAUCUUCCAGAGAGCCUGUCAAAGCUCAGGAAUGGGAUGGAACACCAGGACCGCCCGUGGUUACCAGUAGACUGGGAAGAUGUUCUGUGAGCCCCACUUUGUUAGCAGGAAACCACAGCUCAGAACCGAAAGUAAGCUGCAAAUUAGGCCGUUCUGCCUCCACGUCAGGUGUGCCCCCGCCAUCGGUCACUCCUCUCAGGCAAGCCAGUGACCUGCAACAGAGCCAGGUACCAUCAUCGUUAGCCAAUCGUGAUUGA